CACAAACAAUAUGUUUUGACAAAGUUAAAGUUUUGACCGUGAUAAAAAUGACGAGCCUUACAAUUAUUAUUUAAUGAAAAAAUAGUUUUAAAGUGUUAUUCGUAAAUAUGACUGUGUGGCAAAAGCUAGAAAAUGAGGAAAGUUACGCUGUUGCUCUCUACAACUACGGUACGUCGACGACGAACCACCUGCAGCUGGAGGUCGGUGAGCUAGUGCACUUGGAGCGGGAAUGCAAACACUGGUACUACGGGAAGAGCCUGCGCAGGGACAGUCGCGGUAUCUUCCCAAAGAGCUACGUGGUGAUACGGGAGUGCCAUGUUGAUAGAUGCGGCCAAACGGUAGUUGCAUCUGCGGGCGGCGGCGGCGUGGUUCACGACAUAGCAAUCACGCUGAGAGAAUGGCUCCAACACUGGAAGGCUUUGUAUACAAAAAACGAUGAGCGCUUCAAAUUCAUGGAAGUCAGUAUGAGGGCUCUACUGGAGUUGCGAGCUCAGGCCGCUUCGGGGGCCCUGCCUCAGGAUCAGUUGAGACGAGUCGCCAGGACUGCUGUCUUUACUAUAGAUAAGGGAAAUAGGACAUUAGGUAUGGAGUUAGCUGUAAGGACAAUGAGUGGGCAAUUGGUGGACCCAUUGACAACUUCAACUUUCAAAUUGAACGCAUUACACGACGAAGCGAAUUCGCGGAUUGACAAGAACAUGGAAACGACUCCAUCCAGCCGGCCCACAAGCCAAACGCCCACAGCGCGCACCUACACCGUAGUCGCCAACGUGAAGAACUUCGUCUGCCGCAUGAGCGACGUCGCUGAAUUGUCGUUGGCCUUGCACGAUUCGGCCGGAAAUAAGAUCACCGAGAGUGUCCUGCUGAAAUGGCCGCCGCAGAACUUGGCGGUGGAUUUGUUUACAGCGCCAUCUCUUGUUUUUACCGAUCUAGGGAGCGAUAUCAAAAAGGAGAAAAUAUUCCUCGUAUGUCAGGUUGUGAGGAUAGGAUCCAUGGAACCACAGAAUGUUGAUCACAGACGUAGCACAAUAACUGGUGUGGUACAAACCAGUAGUGCGGCAACAUUACGGAGGCCCUUUGGGGUGGCGCUCGCUGACGUCACACUGCAUCUGGCCAAUCAGCACGCGGAUAAGGAGAUACAGCUGCCAUUUUAUCCAUGCGACAAAGAUAACAUGGACUCAUUACUCAAGAAAGUCAUAUCGAACAGAGAUCUAAAGGAUCAGAAACACACGCAAGGGUUGUGGGUGUAUUUGCAGAUGUUUGAAGGGGAUUUGAAACAGAUACGACAAGAGAACCCACACAUUGUGGUCGGGAACAGUGCUUUCGCGCGCAAAAUGGGUUUCCCCGAGGUCAUCCUGCCCGGGGACGCGCGGAAUGACCUCUACGUGACCCUCGUCAGCGGCGCUUUCUCCAGGGGAGGCGGGAAGUCCUCCGAGAGGAAUAUAGAGCUGGUCGCGAGGGUCGUGGACAAGAACGGACAGAUUAUACCGGGAGUUAUUUCCAUUGGUGCAGGAGUGCCACUAGUCAAUGAAUAUACGUCAAUAGUUUACUAUCACGAUGAUAGACCGAGAUGGCAGGAGGUGUUUAAGGUUUGCCUAAACAUCGAGGAGUUCAAGGAGGCGCACAUAGUGUUCCUGUGCCGCCACCGCAGCUCCAACGAGGCCAAAGACAGGAGCGAGAGACACUUUGCGCUGGCGUACCUGCGGCUCAUGCAACGGGAGGGCACCACCACGCCGGACACUAACCACCAGCUUGCUGUAUAUAAGAUCGAGCACAAGCGCUCGCAGUCGAGCGACGCGGAGGCGGAGGCGGCGGCGGCGUGCCUGGGGCUGCCGUCGCGGCGCGACGAGCUGCCGGCGGGCGCGGACCGCGGGCUCACGCGCGGCCCGCUGUGCCUCGUGCACCGCGACACGCUCGUCGUCGCCACCAGGCUCUGCUCCACCAAGCUCACGCAGAGAGAGGAAAUCCUCGGGGUGCUAAAGUGGAGCACGCACCACGCGGAGGGCACGCUGCGCGCGGCUCUCGCGCGGCUGCUGCGCGUGCCCAACGACGAGCUGGUGAAGUUCCUGCAGGACAUAUUGGACGCGCUCUUCUCUAUACUCACUCAGGUGGAAGAAGAAUGCUCGGAGUACACAGAGCAAAGUUACGCGGUAUUGGUAUUGGAUUGUUUGCUCGUGGUGAUCUUGCUGGUGGCUGACCACAAAUACCAGCACUUCCAGCCGGUUCUGCACGUCUACAUAGAGCAGAGCUUCUGUGACGCGCUUGCGUAUGAGAAACUCAUAUCAAUAAUGGUGUGGGCUAUCCGGUCGGCGGAAAACGGUGAGCUGGCCUCCAAGAGGCUGCUGCAAUGCAUGAAAUGCCUGGAGAGCCUGGUGCGCGUGCUCGUGCGCUCCCGCCAGCUGCGCGCCGCGCUGGGCUCCAGCGCCGGCCGGAGCGAACAUUCCGCCACUUAUUGUCCGCAGUUGGAGAGUCUUCUAGAAGCCCUCGUGUGGUUGAUGCGUUGCGGCGACCACGCGCUCACGUGCCAGGGCUCCGCGCUCAAGUACCUGCCGCACGCGAUACCGCACAUGAUCAAGAUCUAUCCGGACACUAAACUUAGUGAGUUCACAGUGUGGGCACUAGAAGCCCUGCCCCUAGGUCGUCUAUCCAACCAGCGCUUGCACGCCUUACUGGAACUAGUGCGUGGUCCAUUAGGCACUAGUUCUGGCGCCAGAGCAGUUCUAUUGCCGCACUUGGCCAGUACGCUGCGGGCCCUGUUGAGAGCACCGGCUGAGUGGGAGCGCGAGGCGGCGAUAAAGUCGCGCUCGUUCAGCAAGGCGGCGCGGCUGCUCGGCGCCGACACCGCCCGCCUGGUGGACCACACGCAGCACCAGCAGUUCGUGGAGUUAUGUGUGGAGACUUUAGGGGAAGUCGUCACGCUAUUGGGUCGAGACGACGUUGGGCCAGUGGAGGCUGAUAGAGGAAUACUGGCGAGAUCGCUUUUGCCGACAGUGCUGAAGAUAGCUGUCACUAUGAUGCCGGAGAGAGCGAGAGAAGAUGGCAUACCGAAUGAUGAUCCUUUAUUGAGAAAAUUAAUCUGCGUGCUCCUGGACAUGGUGCGGCAAAUGUCCGAAGAACAGUACACUAUGGUGAUGAAAUCUGUAGAAGCGGAGAGUACAGGCAGGUCGGAGAGCCUGGUGGCGGACGCGUUGGCGCUGAUGACGUCACUGCUGCAGCGGCCCGUGUUCCGACCGCACUGGGCCGACAUGCUGCACUUGCAGCACUAUGUCAUGAUGCACGCUCUGCGCCUAUUAGCCAGAAUGCUCCGAGAUAAUCUCGCAGCCGUGAAGCCCACGGACACGGAUAGCAUGAACAGCAUCCACUCGACUCUAUCCGAAUGGUUCAGCACAGUGGGGCUGGUGGCGUCCUCCUCGCCUCUACAGCUGGAGAGCUUACCGGCGGCGCGGAAACAUCGAGCGCUGAUGCUCUAUGGCGAUAUAAGGAGGAGUGCUGCUACCCUCGCUGCGGAAAUGUGGCAUAGCCUUGGUGACCAUAAGAGAUAUUUCAUUCCACAACUAGUCGGAACAUUCUUAGAAGUGAGCUUUUUGAAUGAUGAUGAAGUACGAAAUAUUAUCAUUCCAUUAUUCUUUGAUAUGAUGCAGACGGAGUUUAAUCAUACUCAAGAGACGUAUGGCGAAGGCAACCUGCGCACGUUCGAGAACGAGCUGAUCGACAAGCUGGACGUGCUCGCGGAGGCGGGGCGCGGGGACGCCGCCUGGCGCGCGCGCUUCGUGUCCAUCUGCGGCGCGCUGUGCGCCGCCGGCCCCGCCAACCCCGCCGGCCCCGUCAGCCCCGCGCUGCGCACCGCCGGCGCCACGCUCGUGGCGGCCGCGGCGCGCCAGCUGGACGCGCUGCUGCAGUACCGGGCCGCGCCCACCUCGCACAGGAUGUACCUCAUCACCAGCGUGCUCAAGUUCUACGAGCAGAUCGAGCGCCCGCACAUGUAUAUACGGUACGUGCACCGGCUGUGCGCGAUGCACCGCGCGGCGCAGCAGUGCGCGGAGGCGGGGCUCACGCUGCAGCUGCACGCCAAGCUGCUGGAGUGGGCGCACACGCCGCUGCCGCCGCGCCUGCGCCACCCCGCCGCGCGACACCACACGCACCUCGCGCUCAAGAUAUACCUCUACGAAGAAAUGGCGCGGCUGCUAGAAUCGGGCCGGCAGUGGGAGGCCGCGGUGGAAGUGGUCAAGGAGCUGGUGCAAGUCCACGAGCAGACGGCAUUAGACUACACGGCGCUCGCCGACCUGCACGAGUCCUUGGCGUCCUUGUACCGAGCCACCUUGCAUCAGACGAGGUUGCCCAAUUCCUACUUCCGUGUGAGGUAUUUGGGUAAAGGAUUCCCACCGCAUUUGCUGAAUUCGAAGGGUUUCGUAUAUCGGGGUAAUGAGUGUGACAUGUUGCACAAUUUCAAAGAGAGAAUGUUGGACGAAUGGCCGGAGGCUGAAGUUCUAUUGAAAUUGGACGAGCCCGGAGAGGACAUCACCGAAUCAGAUGGACAAUAUCUACAAAUCAACGCGGUGACACCCGUGAUCUCGGAGAAGUGGUCCCACCUCGCGGACAAACAGAUCGACGAGCGGAUACUGCAGUAUUACGAGAACAAUAACGUCAAUAAGUUUAUUUAUUCCAGACCCGUACAUAGGAAUGAGGACGCAAUUAACGGUUCGAGUAACGACGUAUCCGGCGCGAACGAAUUUGCUACAAGAUGGUUGGAGAGGACUGAGAUCGAGAUUAGUGAUCCGUUACCUGGAAUUUUACGAUGGUUUCCCGUAGUAGCGUCAAGGACAUACUUAAUUUCUCCACUCGAAGUGGCUGUGGAAACUAUGUCCAAUACAAAUAGGCAAUUGAAGCGAGUCAUACUCGAGACAAAAUCACCUAAUGUGAUUCUGCACCCGCUCACUAUGAGGUUACAAGGUAUCCUAGACCCGCGCGUGCAAGGCGGGCUGGUGAACUACGAGCGCGCGUUCUUCGCGCCGCAGUACGCCGCGCGGCACCCCGAGCGCGCGCCCCUGCUGCAGCGCCUGCGGGACCUCGUCGCCGAACAGCUGCCGCUGCUCAAGUGGGGUUUGGAAGUCCACGCGUCUCGGGAGCCAGAUAAGAAAAUGCACGCGCUGCUGGUCGAAAGAUUCCACGAUCACCAGCAGAAAGUGCAGCAAGGAUUCGGCCUGAGGACGCUUGAAUUCGACGCCACGAGCGAGGCGUCCUCCGACGUUCAGUUGCGAGUGAACUCUCGCGACAGCACGGACGUAGAUACGCGCAGUCUCACAAACAACCGGAUAUCCGAUAUAUCUACGGGCACCGAUACACCUUCCAAGUCGAAAUUCAUUUCAGCCAUUAAUUGGACAAGAAAUAGCAGUAGCGGUACACUAACGCCAAGACAUAAGAAGAGAAGCAGAAAGGUAAAAUAUGACGGCAGCCAAUGGUACACGACGGCGACAACGAACGGCGUCAACAACGCAAUCAACAGCGCCAUCAACACGGCAAUCGCGAGCGCGUUCAACAGCAACAGCAUCAGCUCGUCGAGCCUCGACACAACAGUCUCGCCUUUGCGGGAGUUGCGGCAAGAGUUGGUGACGGAGCGUCCGCUCCGCGCGGACGUCGAGCGGCGACUGUCGCAGCGGACGAGUUUCGUGACGUCAUCCGAACCGCCGUCCAACCGGGACUCGCUAGGAACCACUGACUCAAACCAAGAUGAGGAAGAGCCGCCGCCGCUGCCAAUAAAGCAGUCCCACCGGAGUUUAGACCUGGACAGCGAGAACAAUAACCUGGAACCGAACCCCCUGCCCACUAGAUAUAACUACGAUCUAGUGCUUUCGCCGAGGAAUUCCUAUUUGUACCAGUCGAAAAGGAGAAACACCUGCGAUUUGCCGCCGGCGAACGAAAAAGCUCCAACCCCCCCGCCGAAGAAACGGAAUCAGUCUAACGCUUAAAUUGUUAUCUUACUAGUGUUAUAUAUUAUAUUAGCUAUUGCCCGCGUUUACGCCCGCGCGGUCUUAAUAAACCGUGGUAUUCCUUUGUGGUAAUUUAUCAAGAUCCUUUCUAAGCGGAUGCCUACGUCAUAACAUAUAUCUGACUGUCAAAUUUCAGCCCGAUUCGUUAGUGGUUUGGGCUGUGCGUUGAUAGAUCACUAUGUCACUCAGUCACCUUUGAGUUAUAUAUAUUUAGAAACUUUAAAAUAGUAUAAUAAUUAUUAUAUUUUGUUCAUAUACAUUGUACUGGUAUGCUAGAUUUUAUCCAAAUUAAGAUAUUCAAUUAUUCAGAGUGUAACUUCAAAUCUACGAUAAAGAUUCUUCUGCAAGAUGUGAUGUGAUUUAAGUGUAAUUGUAAUAUUAUGUAUGUUACAAUAAUAAGUAAAUAAAUCAAUAAUAAGGUAAAUAAAAUGAAAACCAUUACAUUAUUGCUUUAAUAAGUUUUGCGCAAUAUAGUAAAUAUAGUACACAUUUUUAUAAGAACAUACUAUGAUAAUUAACAUAGUCAAAGAUUUGAUAAAUAAUUUAUUACGUAUUGUUAAAUUUACUUGAGUAUUUGACUCGAAAAAAUAUAGCAAAAAUAUAUAUCAAAUUAUAAAUCCUUAAUUAUAUUAAACCACAUCCUUUUGAGUCGUUUUAAAGUAGAACAAUGGUCUUCCAUAUAAUUAUGAAGAGAUAUUUUGAUAUUUAUAUUAAACGAAGUAUAAUCAUAUGUAAAUGGACGAUAAAAAUACUUAUUUCUAAUAUACGAUUGCUCAUCUUUACAUUGCAGGCCACCGAAAACGUAACAUUAGAAUAAUAUUUAGUAUUGUGAUAAUAUUGAAACGAAAUGCCAUUAUUCCAAAGCGACGUUUACCAGAUAUGUGUCAUAAUAAAUUAAAAUAUAUAGGGAUUAUAUUUUUAUUGAUCUUAUUAUAUAUACGUUAAAACCAUGAACAUAAUAAAUGAAUGUUAUGAAGCUAUUAUAACUUUUGUCCUAUGUGAUAAACGAUAUUAAUUUACUAUCACAAAAAGAUAGAAUUGUAAACUAUUUGCAUUUUUAAAUUUCUUUCCACAUUCACAUUUCGAAAAAUAAGUAUAUUUUUGACGUCUUUGUGAUGUCACCGAGACAACAUUUCUCAGUAAUAACUAUAGGUUAGGUUAUACUUACUAACUUUUAAUGUUUCUAUCGGCAACCUAGAGCUAUACCGUAUCGAUAGAGAAAUAAUGACAAUCAAACGUGCCUUGGUACAAAACCACUGCUUUACAAUAGAAAUAGAACAUACGAUAGUUAAGAUUUUUAUUUAUAUUCAUUGUAAAUAGGUACAUAGUCUCAUUCCGAUGUAAACAAAUUAUGUUGUUCGAGUAAUGUUACCACAUUUUGUAAUCAAUAUAUAGUAAUAGAAGACAAUAUGAAAACGUGAUUUUUUCGUUGUUAUUCCAUUUUCGUAUUAAAAUAUAUGGCGUGAAUAUUUUUUGCUUCAUAUUGAUAAUUUAUAGAAAGGGAUAAAUUAAUAAAAAUGCGUUUUUUCGACUUAAUACGUAUAACACAAUGAUAUUAUUUGAUGAUAAUU